AUGGCAGACGCCAUAUCCCCAGCGCAGCCUUCAGGCUGGCGGAUCCCCAAGGCGUGCCAAGAGUGCAGGAAGAGGAAGAUCAAAUGCAAUGGUGUCAAUCCGUGCAAAACCUGCGAACUGCGCCAUACUCCAUGUAUCUAUCGCGAAGUUAUUCGAGAGCGCAAGAAGAAGCACCAAUAUACAGAUGCUCCCGCGAAUGAUGAGUACAUCUCCAAUGGGGCUACGCGGGCCGACUACGGCACACGGCAGCAGUCUCCUGGGGUGAUGCAGCCAGCCCGACGGAGAAAUCCCUCCGUCAGCUUGACCUUCAACAACAGCGUUUCCGCUACGCAUAUGGCAUCGCCAUCGUGCAAAGUCCAGCUAUACUAUGGCUCGACUUCUCACUUUGCACUCAUGCACGAAGUCUACCGGGGCCUGGUUUCCGGCAACCAAUCUGCGGAGACGGAGGAGCCACAGGGCGAAGUUGAAGAAGCCGGAGCUGGCUUGGACAUGUUUAGCUUCCGUCGGAUUUUCUUCGGAACCCAGGCUGAGUCGCAUGAUUCGAACAAGACCCUAAAUGGACCCGAUGCAAAUGUGCUGUUUCUACCCUACGACUUGGCCAAGGUCUUUCUGGAACGCUUUUUGGCAACGUUGUAUCACCUCGUGCCGUUUUGGUCUAAGGAAGUCUUCUAUCAACAACUCGAUCAUUUGUAUCGUCCAACACCAGAUUCGCGCUCAGAUAAAUGGGCGCGAUCACUACUUUUGCUGGGGUUAGCCACCGGCUCGCUAGGCACACAGCACCAUAGCUGGGGAGAUAUCCUAUACGAGCGUGUAAAGGCGUCUAUCUCUUCUCUUGACGACGUGGUGAACCUUCAGACUCACGCCCAUUUUCAGAAUGAGCAAGGAAGACCUAACUCCGCAUUUCUCCUAAUGGGCGCAGCUGCCCGAAAGGCCAUUUCUGCCGGUCUACACAAAGAAGCACCCGCCGAGAGUGAUGAUGCUGAUAGUGUUGAGGAACGACGAUGCACGUUCUGGUCAUUGUACUUCUACGAAGUGUCGGUUACUCCUGAGUUUAUCAUUAUGUGGUAUACUGAUUCUUUGAACAGCUGGACUUGUUUCCAUCUUGGACGACCGAGAUCCCUAUCUGCAAAAGAUAUCGGAAUUGCACUACCAAAGGACCCCUUCUUGCAGGUGCUAGUCCACCUAUCGAAAAUAUUCUCCCGAUCAGCCGAUGAGAUGUACGGCCGACGACAUGAAUCAUUACUGCAGAUGUGGAAGAUUGCUAAAUCAAUUACCGAUGACAUGCGAUGUUACGACUCGAAAAUGCAACAUGCACUAGGGUUUGGGCUUGAUAAGCCGGUUCAGCCGGGGACCUUGGGCGUACGGCAGACUGUUCUAAUAACUCUCUAUUAUCAUACCAUUCUAUUGACCUUUCGACCAUUCUUGAUCUUUCGAGGUCGGUGGCAGCACCAAAUGAAGAUAUCCUCGCAACAGCCAGGGAACAGCACGGCCAAGGGACCAACAGAAAUCCCCACAUGGCUGAAUGAAGCCUGUAAUCAAGCUCUCAGUGCCGCUUGCAGGACUAUCCAUCAUUUAUACGAAGCUUCCAUAUACAAUGAACUGGUUCGGGAACUCCGCUACCACGGAUAUUUUCUGGGCAGCUCUAGCUUCGCCCUAAUUUAUGAUCUAAUGCAUGGAGAAAAUUUGGCAUCCACCCACCUUCCUUGGAUACACGCCGCCUUGCAAGGUCUUUCAUCGAUGCGACAUGGAGAACCGAUUACCAGCUCCAUGUCUGCUAUACAAACCGUCCUGAGAAAACUUAACCCAUCGUAUGAAUGGUCGCCAGGUGCAAUGCUAAAAGGGAAUUCCUAUAACAUUGACCAAGCUAGUGCUGUGCGACGCUACCCCAGCAGCGUCGCUCAUCAGCCCCAAGGUCCAAUUCCCGACACUUUGCAGUCAGACCUAGCCGGGGGAGGUCUUUCUAUGCUAUCUGAUUUUCAAGGUAACUCCUUGCAGGAUGGCCUACGCAUGCCAAGUGGUAGCCUGGGUAGUGGAGAGGACCUGCUCGACUUUACCCAGUCCGAUAUGGGUUGGGACUUUGACUUCUCAACAAUGGACCUUGAGGCUUUCUUUUCUAUCAAUCCGACUCUAGACCCUCCGUUGUUCCAGUAA